AAUACCUUGGUCUUUUUGAGCUUAUAAUUGUAUUUGCUUUUUAUUUCUGAUCCAUGGCUUUGCUAAGAUUGCUCCAGGCUCUUUUACCCACUUCCAAAGUGCUUGACAAGAAUUUAUAUUCUGUAUAUUCAAGAAUGACUUUCAUAGACAAAAUCCUCUUUCUUAUUAUACACUUUGUAGACAGGGUGUAUGCAUGGCACAAAUUACCAGUAUUUCUUGGACUAGCGUAUCUGGAGAUAAGGAGAACAUUGCACCAGCGUUAUAAUCUGUUAAACGUGGGAUCUACACCAGUGGGUGUAAGAUAUAAUCCAGUGGAUUAUCCUUAUAGAACAGCAGAUGGAAAGUACAACGACCCAUUUAAUCAGGCUGUAGGAAGUGAAGACACUUUCUUUGGUCGAAACAUGUUACCUUCUCCUCAGAAGGAUGAGGUAUUGAGGCCAGAUCCCAUGGUAGUUGCUACUAAGCUUCUUGCAAGAAGGAAGCUGGUUGACACAGAUAAACAAUUUAACAUGCUUGCUGCCUCUUGGAUUCAGUUCAUGAUUCAUGACUGGGUCGACCAUGUUGAAGACACCAAACAGGGACAAUUAACUGCCCCACAGGCAGUUGCCCAACAAUGCCCCCUGAAGACCUUCAAAUUUUUUGAAUCUAAAAAAGUUCCUACUGGUUUCUAUGAUAUUAAAGAGGGAUACCUUAAUAGGAGGACCGCCUGGUGGGAUGGGAGUGAAGUUUAUGGAAACAAUUUUGAGCAAUCAAAACAAUUGAGAACUUUCAACGAUGGCAAGUUAAAUUUGGGCAAAGACGGCCUCCUUCUCCACUCGGAUGAUGGAAUUCCUAUCUCUGGAGAUGUGCGCAAUUCUUGGGCAGGGUUGUCAGUGCUCCAAGCCUUAUUCAUCAAAGAACACAAUGACAUCUGCGACAUGCUUAAGGAUAAUCACAAUGAUUUCGACGACGAGAAACUGUAUCGCCAUGCAAGAUUAGUAACAUCUGCAAUCAUUGCCAAGAUCCACACAAUUGACUGGACCGUUGAGCUACUCAAAACAGACACUCUCCUCGCUGGCAUGCGUGCAAAUUGGUAUGGAUUGCUAGGUAAAAAGUUGAAGGACAGAUUUGGUCAUACUGGGAGUUCUAUACUAAGCGGUUUUGUCGGAAUGCCGAAGCCUGAAAACCAUGGUGUUCCAUACUCUCUUACAGAGGAAUUUGUUAGUGUCUACCGAAUGCACAGUUUGAUGCCAGAUAACAUCGUUGUUAGAGACAUCCAUGGAACUUCCGAGAAGAACAAAACCCCUAAGGUUCUUAAAGAAGUGGACUUGAGAAAAUUGGUAGGAAUCAAUGGAGAACGAACAUUAUCAGAAAUUGGGAACGAAAAAAUGAUUGUAUCGAUGGGGCAUCAAGCUAGUGGAGCCCUAACUCUUUGGAACUACCCUAUGUUCAUGAGAGACCUUAUUGUUCAAGACCCCAAUGGCCAUGACAGACCUGAUCAUGUAGAUUUGGCUGCUCUUGAGAUUUAUCGUGAUCGGGAGAGGAGUGUUUCACGAUACAAUCAAUUCAGAAGAAACAUGCUUAUGAUUCCUAUUACAAAGUGGGAAGACCUUACUGAUGAUAAAGAAGCCAUCCAAGUUCUUCGCGAGGUUUAUGGUAAUGAUGUUGAAAAUUUAGACUUGCUGGUUGGAUUAAUGGCAGAGAAAAAGAUUAAAGGCUAUGCAAUCAGUGAAACAGCUUUCUUCAUUUUUGUGCUAAUGGCAUCCAGACGAUUGGAAGCAGAUCGUUUCUUCACCAGUGAUUUUAAUGAGGAAGUAUACACAAAGGAGGGGUUAGCAAGGGUAAACAGUACAGAGAGCUUGAAAGAUGUUCUGAAUCGUCACUACCCAGAAAUGGUGAAGAAAUGGGUGAACUCAUCCAGUGCAUUCUCAGUUUGGAGUGCAAAUCCAGAAGCCUUAAACCUUGUACCCCUCUACCUCCGUAUUCCUUCAUAAGUUCUAUUAGGGCAUCUGUUGCAGAAUGAUAUAGUCAUGAAUAAAACAUGCCAGCUCCACCUCUGCUGUACAAAACUCUUCCAAAUUCUUCAUUCUUUUUCUUGCUUCAAACGUUAUAUCUUAUUAUUUAAUCAUUAUUUGUUUAUUUAAAUAAAUGGGCUCUCCAUUGAUUGAUGUUGCCCAAAUGAAGAAUGCAUGUGUUUUAUUAUGGUAUGUUUGAAAUUUGGAGAAUCUUA